CGGUAGAUGAAGCUGUAUUGAAAUAGAACAGCAUGGCGGGCAUCGAUGGUUACAGGAAGGAAAAUAUGGCUUUAGAAAUUUUACAUUUUAUCCUCCUUUUCAAUUCCUUUCCUCACAUUACCAGCCUGGUGGAUGCGGUAGAAAGUCAAAGUCAAGCUUUUAUUCAGACAGAUAAUCACCUAACAUUCAUAGUAGGAGAUGGAAAUGGAAUACCAUUAGAGGUGAAACCAGGACAGCGCUUCGAAGAUAUAACGCGACCCGAUGGCAGUUCAUCAAACAGUGCCAUUCUUUUAGAUCCUCCAUUUCUGGACUUCCAACAACAGCCAGUUGGAAUGCCACGAAUGGAGCAAGUUACAGUACAAAAUUUAGACAACAAAAAUAAUUUAUAUUUAUUAUCAAUAUCUGGGAGUACAGUUCACUUCCACUGUUCUUUUUUUCAAGAUAAAACUGUUCCCCCGGGGGGUAAUACAACGUUUGAUGUGGUUUUUCUGGCCCGACAAGUGGGCAAUGUAGAAAAUACUUUAUUCAUUCAUACCUCCCAGGGCUCAUAUAAAUACCAGGUAUUUGGGGUGGGGGUGCCCAAUCCUUACCGGCUCAGGCCCUACCUGGGGGCCAAAGUUCCUGUUAACAGUAGUUUUUCUCCCCUGAUUCACAUGCAUAACCCACACAGCUCCACAUUACAGGUGUUGGAAAUGUACUCCAGUGAUGGGGAUUUACACCUGGAGUUACCCACAGGGGAGAAAGAGGCACCCCAAUAUCUGUGGGAAAUCCCACCAUUUGAAACCAAGCCUGUAAUGAGAGCGAACUUUGUGGGUAGAACAGAAAAUAAUCAUACAGCAUUCAUCCGUAUAAAAACAAACAAGGAGCGAGAUAGCGAGCUGUUAAUAUUGCCUGUGGAAGUGGAGGUUACAGCAGCCCCGGGUAUAUAUUCCCCUUUAGAGAUGCUAGACUUUGGCAUAUUGCGGACUUUGGAUGAACCGAAGACUGUUAAGCUGAAUUUGGGGAAUUCAGGGAACAAGGCUAUACACAUCACCAGUGUCCUACUGUCGCCUGCGAAUGAGGCUGUCAGUGUGGACUUCAGACCUGUGAGGCUCCCACCUGACAUGAUGAGGUUCACCACUGUGGCACAGAUUACUUUUAAAGCUUCCAAAGCUAUAAGUCCAAAACAGUGGUCUGGGAAGAUCAUUGUCAAAUCUAAAAGCAACCACUUCAAGCUUGUUACUCCCUACCAGGCAAAUGUCCUCCAUGGUUCUUUGGUGUACAACAUCACUGACACCUACUUCUUCAGCCACCUGGCGCUAAUCAACCAGACCCGCAAACUCAACUUUACCAACACCUUUAAUUUUUCUGUUGUUCUCUACAAUGCUACUUUACCCCCAGAAGUGCUCAUGUAUUUUACUAUCCUGAAUUUCUCUGCUCCAGUGGUACUGCGGCCGCAGGAGACGGCCAUACCUUUUCUCCUCAAGUUUCACCCCAAUGCCACACAGAUCCACAUGAAUACCAAGCUGAUCAUUCACACAAACGCAUCCACCUUUGUUAUACCUAUUAUAGUAUACAACGGUGCACUACAGAUCAUACCCCACCGACCGGAGAAGUUCAAAGGUCAGCUUGACUUUGGAACUAUGGGAGUGGAGGAGAAGCGCAGUAUGACCUUCACGUUGAGGAAUGAUAACCCUGUCCCGGUGUAUUUAAGAGAGUUUAGUUCCAACAUGAACGGGACAGUGGUGGAGUUUUUAGGGAUGGAGAAAGGGAACGGUACAGCCCUGUCUAAAGAGUACAAUGUAUCUGAAGUGGAGACCGAUCCACUGAUCAUAAAGCCAUACCAUUUUGCUGUAUUUAGCGUAAAUGUGGUGGCUCCAAAGUAUGAGGGGGCGUUUGCAGCAGAGGUUAUAAUGUCCACACAGUUUGAUGAUCUAUUUAUUCCAAUGACACUCAGAACUGCAGAAGGAAGUUUGAAUGCCAUUCCAGAAAAGCUUUUGUUUGAUAAAACUUAUCCAGGAAAAAUUCCAUUUAAGGUUUUAAAAAUCCACAGCUCGUUUGAGAACUACAUGGAAGUUCGUCAGGUGACAUUUCAGCCACCUGACUCCCGAUUUUAUUACGAACCUCCAGGUCCUAACCCUGUCCAGCUGGAACCUCAGGAAGAUACAGUGAUUGGACGAAUUUACUUUGAUGCAAAGAGGCAGUGUAAGGAAGAUUGUUAUGUUGGACUGCCCACAUCCACAGCAGCAGGCCAUCAAUGGUUAUUGGGGUUGACCCUUGACAAGGAAGUGGCUGAUACAGACCAGUAUCUGUAUACAAGGCUACAGCAGAAAUGGGAGAGACUCCAGCUCUCUCAGCACAGCACAGCCAACGUUACCAUAGAGCUGGACACAAAUGAAGUGCGUGGUUUUUUAUUUUCUGCUCAGUCCCAUCUACAUUGGCCAUCAUUGGUCCGCAAGUGCAAAAUAAAAUUUCCUCUUACACAGCUGGGAAAUAUGUCUGUGUCUGAUUUCUUAGUGGAGAAUCCAGGUGAUGUACCAGUCCUGACUCAGAUAUUACCCCUGUCAUUAUACCCUAACCCUCAAACAGUUUUGGACAUGAUGUCUGCAAAGUUAACCCCAGACCAGGCUGACUUCAUAGAGAUGGAGGACCUGGACAUAUUCAGGCUGCCUGAUCUGGAACAAUAUAAUCCGAGUGAUCAGAAUCCUGUGCCUGGCUUUAGGAAGCACAUAGAGAACAGUUUGGGUGUAAAGCCCCACCCACAGAGCAUUACCACCAUUCUGAGCCCUGGCAUGAAGGUGCGGGUCAGGGUCGGCUUCCAACCCACGGAUGAGGUCUCCAGGACCUCUCUCAUUUUAAUCAGGAAUAAUCUGACAAUAGUGGACAUGGUGGUGGUACAGGGUCAGGGGGGCAGGGGAGAGAUGAGGUUCAGCAACAGGAAGCCGGGUUCACAGUCACCCCUCAUGUUUGAGAUGACAGAGAAACAUCUGAAAAACUGUGACAGUUCAGGUAAAAAGGCUGGGAAGACAAUGCCUUUGUUUACUGUGCGACGUACCUUUACAAUUCGGAACACAGGAGAGUUACCUUUUUACGUUCAUGGUUUUGCCAUCAACGACUCUCCCUGUGAAGGGUAUGGCUUUAAAGUGCUGGAGUGCCAGGGGUUUGACUUACAGCCCAACACUAGCCGGAAAAUAGAUAUAGCAUUUACACCUGACUUUACCAUGUCUAAAAUCCGCCGCAGCCUGUCCAUAUAUACGAGUUUGGGACCAGCAGCUAAUUACACCCUACAGGCCACUGUUCCCCCACACACUCUAGCCAAGUGCUCGGCUGCUCUUCCGCGGCCAAACUGGGAACCCAUCCUGUAUUACUCCACUGUCUGCAUCACAGGCUUUCUUCUUUUCUGCAUCCUCGUAGCUGGUUACUUUGAGGCUGACCGUAUUUUUGUGGCAGACAUCUUGAAAAGAAAGCUCAGAAUAAGUAGUGCUUCUCAACCGUUUGAUAAAAACAAAGUAUUUGAUCUCAAGGCUGUUGCUGGCCUGCCAACACCGAAACUCCAACCCACCCCACCUGAGCCCAAACUCUCUCCUCCCAACCACACCCCGCCCACUAUUCAGAAGCCUGUUCUCUGCCUCGCUAAUGGACACGUGGAACACAGAGAGAAGAAAAGUUGGUUUGGGGCAAGCCUUAUGUCCAGUUUGCGGAAAACUUUAUUCUCGGGUAAGAAAUCUCGAGACUCUAAGGCAGCUAUUCACCGACAAUCUCCGCAAUGUGACAGGAAGGCUGCGCUUACCUCACCUGGCAGCCUCAAACCUUCAGCAGCCAUUCCCAGCAGACACAGCGUCACCGAUGAGCUGACUCAUAAUGACAGAUCCCAGCCCAAUGCAUCUAAGUCGCGAAAAAGCAAGGGAGUCAAACGCAACCAAAAUGAUCUCAACUAUGUCGUGGAAUCCCUUCCUUCGGCAUCUGGCGGGGGAAAUACCGAUAAGAAACCAGGAUCUAAAGACACCUCAGCUUAUCCAGGACGUAAACUCGAAGAACCUAUAAUCGUAAACAAUUCCAAAACUGAUACGGACAAGGAGAAUAUCCGACACGAGAAACAAGUGAAGACAUCCAACAACAACAAGAAAGUGGACAAAAACCUGUACAUGGAUGUGGACCGUAUUUCUGUCCCCGAGUGGCAGAAAGAUGACUUCAUCGUGCCCCCUGUCAAAACAGAGACAGGUAAAGGCAGACGAAGAUCCUCCUCCAAGUAUCUGGAUAGGGACCAGAUCAAAGUACGACAUCUGAGGGAAGCCUUUGAUGACAAAGACGACACUUCCUCCACCACGACAGAGUCCUCCGGUGCUGACAUUGAGGACAAGAGCACAAGUGCCCGGGACUCCACACCGGAACCAACUGUACCAAAGCCUAAGAAACAAAAGACAAAGAGUAAGGCAAACAAGGAAAGGAGUUCAGUCCACUCCAACGAGGACGCGGCACUGAACAAUGACGACGAUUUUGUGAUGAGCAGCAAGUCCAAACUACACAAGAAGAUAAAAGUCAACCCGAAGGAUGCCUUUGGAGGAAACAUUCAUUUACCGAGCACCCUGGAGCUGCCCUACAGCCUUGAGGUGAAGAAGGGCGCCCCUGAGAAUGAGCGCCCUGAAACCACACUCAUCUCGGCUGCUGACCUCCGACGAAAUGCUAAGAUCAAGUCACGACCUAGAGGUACACAGCCAUUGACCCUCACCGUUGACACGCCCACCAUCGCCGAUCAGGCCCAGGAUUCCCCGCCCCCCGUUUGGGAUUUCCCCAAACCCACUUUUAGCACUGAUUUGAGUGAGCUGGCUCAGCAGACUGAAUCGUUUGCUCAGAAGCACCGAAUCUCGACAUCCAGCCCAGUGACCAAUGGCUUCUCUCCAGAUGGCCUGAGCAGCAGCAGUCGUUCCAGCAGUUACAGCAGCAUUGUCAGCAGUAGCAGUACUAACGACCUGGCCAACACUAAGCCCAAGAUGCACAAACCCACCAGCGACGUGAAGAAGACUAACAACAUGUACCUGCCCUUUGGAGAGAACAGCCACCCGGGAGCCGUAGGCAGCAAGACACCCUCAGCCAAUCCACUGUCCCCUAACCUGGCCAACGUGAGGAAUACAUGGAGCAUGAAUCCUGGCAACCCGGCUUCACCAGGCUCCCUAUUUGGUUUACACACGAUCCCUGAAAGUCAACAACGGCCUGUCGGAACAGUGGAUACUACAGAUAUGGAAGCAUUUGCAGUCCCCGCCAAUGUCAACUAUGCCAACUCAGAGGCAGCCUAUGCAUUUGGUGGAGCAUUUGACCCUCCUCAGCAGACCAUGAUGCAGCAGUUGUUGGCUGAUCGCAGACGCCGCGUGAGACAACACCAGCUCAAACUUCUGCAAGAGGACUGGCCUGGAUUUGACAUCCCUCCUGUUCGUAGUGAGAGCUUGUGGGACCCCCAGUACAACCCCCGUGAUCAGGUCUGGUCCACGGCCACUGACGCCGAGCCAGCUAAUCUUCAGCCUACCAGCACCUUAUGGAGCACUCUGACAAACAGUGCCAAUCACGGCUGGAACUCCCUCUCCUCCUCCCUGUCCUCCAUCUGGAACAGCGGAAACCCCAACCCUGGAGAGUGCUCACCAGCUGAUCUUCAUGCUGAAGAGAACCCAUUCCUGGCCACUAACCCAGGAGAGAUGGAGAAUGCUGGAAUGAAUGGUUCUCCUAGGGAGGAAACUGGUCAGACAUUUGAUCCGUUCAACACCAUGGGAAACAUCUGGGGCCCGAAUACGGGCACAAACGGUGGCCCCUGGGGAUUCAUGCCCAGACCAGAGGACACCCAGCAACAGUAAACCUCUAAUAUGGCCUCCCUCAUCAAUUCUGCUAACUGUUUAAUAGUUCAUAAAUCCUGACCCCAGCUUUACUGGGUUAAUAGAGCAAGUGUUACAAAUUCUGCCCUCUAUGUUGUGAAAUGCUUGUAUGCUAAUUAUAUUGAUAAUUUAUAGUUUAAUGCAGACAUAGCUCUUGUUUGUUUACUAAAAGGCUUCUUGAUCUCUCUUCAGCCUAUGGUAAAUUUUCUUUGUUUUUCCUGAUCAUGUACUACAGUGUUACAAUUCUUUAAGGUUACUACUUUCAGUUAAAAACAGACUUUUUAAAUGUUCGAAAGUAUGGCGGAUCAUAGUGAACAAUUGUUUUUAGUUGUGUAUGAAUUUUCAAAUCAUGUUAACGUUGUUGUUAUUUGUGUACAUGGAAUUGUACCAGUAUAAGCCCACCAAAUUGUCUGUUUAAAUAAUAGUUGUUUUAAGAAUAAAGAAAAGAAAACGUAUUUUAAUAGAUUUGAAUAGUUGACACAGUUGCACAAACUAGUGCGCAGGGUGACAACUACAUUUAAUUACUUUUGAUCUAUACAGGUCAUUAAGUACAUAUAAUGUUACUUAGACGUUUUACUUGUUUAACACUGUUUUGGAAGGUUCUCUGGAAGUAUAUUUGAUUGUGUGAAACACAGAGCUUUAUUGUUUUUAAGCUGUUUGUAGGCAUUGAUCUACCUCGGAUUUUACAAGUUGUAGAUUUUCUUUAUGCAUAAUAUUUGACUUUUGCUCAACAUGACAAGAAUUACCCUGUUAGUAUUCACAAAGGACUAAUGUAUGAGUGAUUAUUUUUUAUUUUCGGGGGCAAAUUCUGUACAAGAAUAUUAUCAGUGGCGCAGCUUGAACCUUUUAACUGUGUGUAAUAUACAACAUGUACUUGUAGUUGUUGUAAGGUUGGUUAUAUCGAUUUGCUAUUGUAGUCCUGUAGUACAUUGUAGUGAUGAUGGGAGGCCAUAUAUCCAUCGUUUACAGUGACGCGAAAAUCCAUCGUGUGCAUGGACAUUUAUCCUCGUGUAUGUUGACAUAUAGCCGAUUGUGACAAUUUUAUGACACUUCGCCAUCAGUGACGUGGAAGUCUUACUCAUGAGUAAGCUAAGGCUCCCUGCAUGCCCAGUAACAGCUCCUGCUAAAGGUGGAGUACCAUAUAACCUUACCCAAGGUAUAGCAGUUGAGCUGUCUGAGGGCAAUAGGAGAGCCAGACUUCUUAUAUAACCAAAAUGUAUGUGUGUGUCACUACUCUGUACACAAAUCUGCUCCAUUCAUAUCAGCAACCAUAGAUAUUCAUUGCAAAAAUUGUAAAAGAACAUUUUUAAACAGUAUAAAUUAAACUACAGUUUGAGGAACAGUGAAAAUGAAAACAAAACUGCGGCUUAGUCAAUACAAUGCAGUCUGGUCUUUCCAGAAGUCAUUAUCUGUUGUCAUUUGUACAACUUCACUAGUUAACAUUGUUUGAAAGUUCUGAAUAUUCUAACAUGGAUAUAUGUUUAAAAGGGUAACAUUUAUUUACCUGAAUUAAUGCAGUGUUAAUCUGUUCUACUGAAACAAGGUAAAAAUCAGUUGCUUUCACUCUAUACUCUUUGAACUCUAUACGGUUUAUUUAUUUGAUUUGACAAUAUUUCACUUGUGUGAUGGCAAGCAGCAUUAUGAUGGGUGGAAACUGGGCAGAGCCUGGGGGGAAAACCCACAACCAUACACAGGUUACUUGCAGACCUUCGCACAUACAACGGUACAAGAAGCCAGCAAGAGCUGGCUUAAACUCACAGCGACCAUAUUGGUCAGUCUCCUGUGUCAUGGUGCUGUUCUAGCAUGCUAAACACUCAGCAGUGGAGAAAUAAACACAAUACAACAUCACCACGAUUUGCUUAACAACUGCGAGCAUUAGCCAAGUAAUCGGAUUUGUUUCUUCUAAAAGUGACAAUUGGAAAAUGGUAAGCUGACAUGACUGGAGCAGACUUGUUCGACUGACACCUACACUUUUAAGGUUUAUACAAAGUAUGUUUAUGAUAUUGACAAAGGAAAAGCCUAGACCAGGUGUACUAACUACACUGCCAAAAAACUGGAAGCAAAAGCUUCUGUUUUGCUGCUGUCAAAAAAGGAAUAUUUGUUCGAGGAAAAUAGAGACUUUCUCAUAACAGGACCUUCUCUGAUGCAAAUUUAACAGUGCUGUUACUUAACAUCACAGGUGUUGUUUUGAGAUAUAUUUGAGGUUAACACCUGUUGUUCAGGGGUUCCUUUUAUUAGACAGUCUUGCCAGCAAUCAGACCCCGGGCACUGGAUGGCUGCCAGAGCCCAGGGCCUACUUGCUGAUUGGGUGGUGUCUCCAGGUGUUGAAGUGUACCCAGAUUAAAACUCUGACUGUGACAAGGUAUUUGCUACUUGCCUCUCAUCUAUCAACAUAUUUGGUAAAAUAUCGUUCACAUAUUGUGGGAGAAGAUACUCCAAGUAUUUCCCAUGUCCUACUUGAACUCUUGACUGCUCCAGGGAUCACUGAGUGUUAAAUAUAUAGAGCAGCCUUAAUGCUUAAAAAAGUACUUCAGAAAAACUUUUUGGAAAAUACAUGUACACGAAGGCAGCAUAACAGAACAUAUGCCACACAAAACUUCGUAAGUCGCAUUCCUCGUAACUUUUGCAUAACAGAUGUCUAGGUUACAGUGCCAUGAUGCAAUAUCAGUUACUAGAAAAGUUUCAAAAAAUUGUUUUACAAAGUUUUGUUGAAAGUGGGUCCAGAUGCCCAGCACUAUUUAAUGGGUACAACUGAAGUGCCCUCAUAAAAAACAACUGGUAGUUUCUUUAUUAAUUGUUGAAUGAUGCAGAUAUAAUGGAAUUACUUCAAAACAAUACACAAGCUACAUGUAUGUAUAGGCUAUAUUAUACGUUCUUCCGACAAAAUUUUUUUACAAGACUUUAAGAAGCAGUACUGUUGAAAUUAUUUACGAAAACAGUUUUAACCCUUCCUUUAUAAUACGAAGCCCUUGGAACUGGAGUAGCUCUUUAGAGGUUGUUGAAAUAUAUUAUCAAAGUGUACUUUAUAUGCCACUAGUCUUAUCUGGGUACAGUCAAGACCAUGGGCACUUCUGGGGCAGAAGAUGGUUGUUUCACAUAAAUGAAUCUCAUGUUUAGGGUAUUGGGUACAAUCGUGAAUGAUGGACAUUAUACAGAGUACAAAACAGCAGUAAAAAGCCUCAUGUAUGACACUUGUGGAAAAAAGGAAAAAAAUGGCAGAGUAAUCAGGCUUUAAGACGACUAUUCCCAAAACAACACUGAAACUGGAGCCGCGUCUUGUGUGUACAAUACAAUGGAGGCUUGCUCAGUUUGACUUCACCCAACUUGUGUCUCAACAUAAUGGAAAGCAGUAUACCCUAUGCUGUCUAUGUACUUGUAUGUACAAGGAUUUGAGUUUACUCACAAUAACAAAGCUGUUGUAUCUGAACAAUUUUAUUUUGGUUUCUUCACUAUUUCUCCCAUCCAGCUACAUUGCCUGCUGACCCUGCUGACCAGGGUUGCAGGAUUUUCCUGUUUUAUCCGUAUAUAGGUGUGGUAGUACCAGUGGCCUGUACGGGUGUGGCGGCCGGCAGACUGGGGCUGAGGGGAAGAGCCUCUAGAUACAGCCUCCAGAUCUGACUGGUCUUGUCAAAGCCCAGGAGAUCUUGUAGAGAGAUGACUCAGCUGUCUUAAUAACGGGUCUAUUAUAACAGCUGGAAAAAGUCCAUCUUUUUACAACAAACAAUAAAAAUAUUGGAUUUUUAUGGCAACCCAUUGUUUUGUACUGUUUCUUUUACCCAUAUAUUAAAAAGAAUUAUUUACCAUUGAAAUAAUCCUGAGUACAGAGUAAAACACCAACCAAAUAAAUUCUAUGAGCUGGAUCGCUGCGACAGUUAAGUCCUAAACUGAUGAGAAUGCAUGUUC